GUCUGAUGAUUUGGAUUAGAAACAUCCGAAAUGGCCUCCAUUACCAGGACCGCUACACUUCGUCCGACGGCUCUUGCCAGUCAAACUGGACUGAAAGUGCAAUUACCAUUGGCGGCGGAUAUAUUUGGAAAGAUGUGUACGCAUUUGCGGCUGAGCAUGGUCGUAUUGUCGUUGGCGGAGAUGAUCGCACCGUCGGUUCGAUAGGAGGAUAUAUCCAAGGUGGUGGUCACGGACCUGCAAGCCAUACCUUCGGUCUGGCAACAGACCAAGUCCUCGAAUACCAAGUUGUGCUUGCAUCCGGCGAAAUCGUCACAGCCAAUGCGUGUCAAAAUGCGGACCUAUUCACUGCUUUGCGCGGUGGAGGGGGAGGGACAUUCGGUGUUGUCGUAUCUGCGACAAUCAAAGCACACAAGACGCGUCCGGUUCUCGUGCACCAGGCGGAAAUUGUUCCGCUGGAUACAGGUAAUAAUGGCAAGAAUGCUCUCUUGAAUGUGACUGCGGAGCUCUUGGCGCGAUUUCCUACCCUCUUGGAUGCUGGGUUUGCGGGGUAUGCCAAGUUGAUACAAGCGGGCGAGCAGCGAGUUUAUGAGCAUGUUUUCGUUAACCUGCUCGAAAGCAAUACAUCUGCUGCUGUUCAACAUGCUAGGCAGAUUAUGCACAAACGGGUUGUGGAGGACGUGCUACUUCCAUUGAAUGGCACCUCGCUGUUCGUCAAAUCGAGCUUCCAGUUCGUUCCCACGUUCGGGGAGUACACGUCAGGCGUUGGGAGUAAGCAGGAUUCUGCCGGGCCGGGACUUAUGAUGGCGUCCCGCUUUUUCGAUAAGAAGUCAUUGCAUGAUCAACAGGAAGGUCUUCUGGAUAUGCUUCAUAUAAUGUUCUCUCAGAACAGCACAAACAGCACAGGGGCACUGCCCUCGGCAUCAAUGUUCGAUUUUGGUUUGAUUGGUGGUGGGAAAGUGCUCGAAUCGGCGCCGCAUACCUCUGUUAAUCCAGCAUGGCGAAAAACGUAUGGCCUUGCGAGGUACAUUGAUAUUUGGCCGGAUAAUGCGGACUUCCGCGAAAUCCAGCAGAUCAACGAUGGGGUUACAUUCCAGAAGCAGGGUGCCAUGAAGGCGCUGACGCCAGGUAUGGGAGCCUAUCUCAAUGAAGCUGAUGGCGAAAACCCGGAGUGGAAGGAAGAUUGGUUUGGGGGCAAGUAUAACUGGCUCAGCUCCGUUAAAGACAAGUAUGAUCCGGAGGGAGUGUUCUGGUGUUGGCGAUGCGUUGGGAGUGAGGGCUGGGAAGAGGUGAAGGGUGGGACAGUGUAUGGCCCACUUUGCAAAGUAAAGUGAGAUAUUGCCAUGGCUGUUAGAACGUUGAAGUGUAUAAUUAUUGUAGGUUAUGCAUGAAUAAUACUAGAGUUUCCUUUAGUUCCAGAUACGUUGAAUCAG